GGGAGGUUGCAGGUGACGUGUGCAGCUGAGAGUUCUAAAGUUAUUAUUUCUAAGUUCUAUUUCUAAGUUGUUUUCCUACUGAAACUUCCGUAACUUGCCGGCAUUGAGCUUACAGGAGAUUACACAUAGACAUGGGUGAGGUUCAGGUGCCACCAGCAUUGUUGGAUGCUGUUGACAGUUUGAAGGAAGCUGUCAAGGCAGGGCGAACUGAUAUCUUCAGGAAGUUGCUAGAUGCUUGUGAAACCUGUUAUGGUGGAGGUGAAGAAGAACGAAAGCAGUUGAUAAAUUCUCUCGCAACAGAAGAUGGAACGUUUCUACACAUGGCCACUAAGCUUGGCCGUGGGGAUAUCGUGAGAGCAUUGUUAGCUGCAGGUGCAGAUCCAGGAAUCCAAGAUAAUGAUGGAAACACCCCUCUACAACUAGCUCCUACCCCCCCCAUCAUUGCCAUCUUCACGGAAGAGCUACUACGAGCAACGGCCCAGUCAGAUGUAGGCCGCGUGUGUCAGCUGGUUGCAGCGGGCCUUAGCAUCAACUCCCACGAUAAUCCACUAAGCCGCAACACUCCCCUACACUGGGCUGCCUCCUUUGCUGACAUCGACACACUUACCUGCCUUUUAGCCCGUGGUGCAGAUGUCAAUGCUGCAAACAGCGAUGGUGCCACCCCCCUUCAUGAUGCUGUUGCACGAGGAAAUGAGGAGAUUGUGAGAAUCCUUCUUGACAAUGAUGCUAAUCCCCAUAUUCAGUGUUACAAAGGACGGCAUAAAGGGAAAACACCUUUUGAGAUGGCAUCAAGAAAGAUCCAGCUCCAGGAACUUAUGCAACAACAUGCUGCUGCUAUUGAGAGUAAGCCAGCGCACAGUAAUGCUACGACAAAUGGCAGCGUUUCACCCUUAAUAGCCCGUCGUUCAUUAGGAGAGCGGGAUCUCAUUUCGUCCCGAGGAGCAAAUGGUUCUAUGGAAUCCUUAGUGAGCAUGGGUGCUGACAGUGUAAUGACGGGCGUUGAUGCCAUCAAUGGAGGGGAUGUGACGCAAAGAAAGACCUCGAUGGGAACUCCACAGCCUCGCUCUCCUUUGCAAUCCUCAUCGUCCUUGGAACUCAGUCCUCGCAUGGAACAGGUUUGUGAGCGCCUGGCAUCCACACAAAUUACAGCUCCUCCACGGCCUUUGGUUACCCAUAAUUCCCUUCAUUUGCUGUGGCCCCAACCUCGUCGUAUCACUGAGCUCACUGGCCCCAGUUGGUCGCCACCAACACAUGCCACGUUAGCUGUGUUAUCUGGAGCAGUACCUGUGCAUAGAAUUGUAGAUGUUUGGGAUAUACAUAAAUGCUGGCUGGAAGAAGUGGGUUGUCAUGUCAGCCUUGGAGCUGUUGUUGGUGCGAGAGACCCUCCAAGCUCUCAUACAUUUACAUGUGUGGUUGAUGAAGCUCUCACAGCUCAUCCUCAUCAAUACACACUCACCAUACUGGAUAAUAAAGUAAAGAUGGUUUGUGGAUCAGUAGAUAGCCUUCACAAUGCCCUAGUAACCCUCGUUCAGUUGCUACGGGUGUGUCGUCUGGGUGGAGAGGGCAACGAGAAAGGGGUUAUUCCACCACUAGUCAUCACCGAUAGUCCCUCUCUGCCACACCGGGGUUUUAUGCUUGAUGUUGCACCUCAUGCUAGAGUUCCAACAUUAGAGCGGUUAUGCCAAAUAGUAGACUCUCUUCUUGCAAUAAAGAUGAAUCAGUUACACCUAUUAAUGCGUGUCUCACCAGUUGCCUGCAGUUUACCUUACUCUCCUAGUGAGGUUGUGUCAUUAGACCGUUACUGCAAGGAUCGUGGCAUUACUUUAGUACCAGCCUUUGAUGUAGAAGGUUCAGUACCUACAGGACAACUUAGUGCCAUCACAGCUAUAGUUAAUGCAACACUCACCCACUUCCCUUCAGCUCGCUAUGUUCAUAUUGGCCCAAGAUUGACCUCGCUGCUAGCCGAUGCCAGUACAGCUGCCUCACCUGAACCUGGUCUUUCCUUUAUCCGCAUGUCCCCUUGGACGCAGCUGGGUCUGGCUCCAUCAGCUGUGCUCUUAGUUUGUGCCAAUGUAUUCCACAAUAAGAGCCGGGAAUUAGCGUGCCUUCCGCCAACUACUAUUCUUGUAGAAUACGGCUUCCAGGCUGACUACGAUUUUUCACGUGGAGUUCAGCUUGCGUUAGAGAAUGGACGCCCAUUAGCUGUUUGCCCAGGUACUGCUGCGUGGAGUAGUUUAAGUGGGUGGCCAGAAGCUGGUGUGAGUAAUGUUUACAGUGGUGUGGUGAGUGGAGUAGAUGGAGGAGCUGGAGGAUUGGUGGUUGCUCACUGGUCGAGCAGCGCAGCCCUCACACCACUUGUCUUUGCCUGGCCACCUAUAUUGGUUUCUGCUGGUUUGGCAUGGAACCAUAACACACACUGGGAUUAUGUACAUUCAUCAGUGGGAGCCUUAGUUGAUACUCAUCUUGUUCGUGUACCUGGGUGUGGUUUGGGAGCGGCCCUAGUUGAGCUGGGACGAUGUGAGACAUGGGUGACUCGCAUGGCCAGGGGACAGUCUCCCUCAGACGUUGUUGAUCUGCCUUCUUCCUCUCCUGGAUCAGCACUGUAUCAGCUGUUAGCAGACCCUGAUGCUCUCUCCCUUGAAUUCCUGUCUCCUGAGGUGUUUACGAGUGUAAUGAGGCAUGUCCGUCGUGCUGUGCGUGAGGGAGCGAACCUCUCUGGUAGAACUUCUCCAUCAGCAGUAAAUGGUGUGGUGCCUUUAGGUGUUGGGCCAUGCUACUGCUGCCUCGCCAUGGCCUAUGUCUACUCUUGUUACCUUAGAACUUCAUCUGGCCAUGGAUAUGAUUCUUACAGCCUGCAGACUGGGACGGGCACUUGUGUCAGUAGGCACAAAUCCACGGAGCAACAUGGGAGUUGCUGUGGUUAAUCCAGGAGUCGGGAAUUUGCCACCAACGAUACGAACUGAUCUUGCUAAUAAGGUCUUGGCAUUGCGUGAAGUGUACAGUUCGGUGUGGAUGCAAGGCCAGCAAGCGGUUGGUCUCCAGUCCUCACUGCUGGUGCUCACUUCCUUGCUUGCUCGCCUUCUGCCUGACCACUCCCUGCAUCCUUCAUGAGGCAGGC